AUGAAUCCUGGCCCGGCACCCCGACCGCCAACAGAUCGACCGAACAAGCUAGGGCUCACACAUCAACCCUAUCAGACACCAGGCAACCCGAAUUUGGUCUAUCUGAACAACAACCUCAACUCGCCGUCGACAACUACUUUCUCGCGCGACAAUAGUAAUGGCGACCUGACCGUGGUCAAGGAUGGCUGGGCCAAGGUCAAAGAGGAAGGCGGCGGGUUCAUGAAAGCUUUCUGGAGCGAACGUUUUCUGGUACUCCGGGAGAAGCAGUUGGAAUUUCUAAAGUCUAACACGAGCAGCAAGACCGCAACGGUGAUCAUGCUGCGAGAUGUCACGAACAUUACGCGCUCCGACAACUACCCUUACAGCCUGGAGCUCACGAAGGAGGGCAACAAGCAGUGGAUACUGAAGUUUGACACGGAUAAUGAGAUCUACGGCUGGAUGGACAGCAUCUAUGACCGCUGUCCAAGCAUGGGCGGCGUCUCACAUCCGACUGGCUUCUCGCAUCGGGUGCAUGUCGGCUUCGACCCUGUGACAGGUGGCUUCGUGGGCUUACCGGUGGAGUGGGAGCGGUUGUUGAAGGGCUCAGCGCUUACCAAGGACGACAUGGCUAAGAACCCACAGGCGGUCAUGGAGGUGCUGCAAUUCUACACCGACAAGCUGGCAGUACGAGCAGAGGAUCCAAAGAUGUAUUCUUCACUUACUCCGACGCCGCCGAUUGAGGGCAACCGUGAGAAACAGCUUGGAUACUCAGCGGGGAACAGUGUGGCGCCACCAAGGCCGCAGCCACCCGCUGUGCAUCGCAUGGAAAGCUAUCAAAGUGCUAGAAACGCGAAUGGUGCGCCGACGGGUGGAUACCCAAGGGAUCAGUCGGCGGAGCGAUACGGGCUCAAGCGGGCAGAAACUGCGCCGUUACAGCAGACACAGCUCGGCGAGGAAGAGCGGCGGAGGAAGCAAGAUGAGCAGCGACGCCGUGCGGACUCGGAGCGAAGACGAACCGAGGAGGAACAAGAGCGGCGAAGGAGGCAGGAGCAAGAGGAUCAAGAGUACAACGAGUCUUUACCAAAGACGAGAACGCCUCUUGCCAAGCAGGAGGUUGCAGGGUACAGCGGAGAUGCGAGAGAAGCCAGCCCGAGCCCACAGGACACCAGAUACAACCCGCAACGAGCGGCACCGCCUACGCCUGACGGGAGUAAGUCCGGCCAGCAAGGCAGCCCUGUGCCCAUCCGGAAUCUCCAAGCCUCACGACCCGCACCCUCGCCUCCAACGCAAAACGGCGCCAAGUCUUCGCCGCUCAAGCAACCCUCCGCCAACGGCACCGUACCUCACUCGAACAAGCCUCCCCCAGCACCCCAGAUCAACGGCCAACCGCACCCGCAAGACCGACAGCAACCGCCACUUACCCGCAAACCCUCCGGUACUCAACACACGAAAGCGCCCACGGGACAGGUGAAACCGCUCAACGUGCAGACCAAACAACCGUCCGGUGCACCCACAACCAAUGCCAAGGAUGCCGCGAUCAAGCAAGCCGAGGCGGCGCUCACGAAGAAAGACCCGAACGAGAAGCCUUCGAAGGAGGCCCGCAUGUCCAGCAUGACUGAUGCUCAAGUGAUGGACAAGCUGCGGUCUGUCGUCUCUCUGUCCAACCCAUUGGAAUCUUACAACAAGCAGAAGAAGAUCGGCCAGGGCGCCAGCGGGUCUGUCUACGUGGCGCGGAUUCGUGAAAGCGCGCCCUCGCAAGUAGCGAGAGACUUAAUCAGAGCGAACGGCUUGCGGUACCAGGUCGCCAUCAAGCAGAUGGAUCUUCGAAGUCAGCCAAGGAAGGAGCUGAUUGUGAACGAGAUUAUCGUGAUGAAGGAGAGUAAGCACGAGAACAUUGUGAACUUUCUUGACGCGUUCUUGCAGGAGGACACGUUCGAGUUGUGGGUGGUGAUGGAGUUCAUGGAGGGUGGCGCGUUGACGGAUGUGAUUGAUAACAACCCGAGCAUUGCGGAGGACCAGAUCGCCACCAUAUGCGGAGAGACCUGCAAAGGCCUCAUCCACCUCCACUCACAAAACAUCAUCCACCGGGACAUCAAAUCCGACAACGUCCUCCUCUCCUCCCGCGGCGCCGUCAAAAUCACCGACUUCGGCUUCUGCGCCAAACUCACCGAACAACGCAGCAAACGCGCCACCAUGGUCGGCACGCCGUACUGGAUGGCGCCGGAAGUCGUCAAACAAAAGGAAUACGGCAGUAAAGUCGAUAUUUGGUCUCUGGGUAUUAUGGCGAUUGAGAUGAUCGAGUCCGAACCGCCGUAUCUGAACGAAGAGCCGCUCAAGGCGCUGUAUCUGAUUGCUACCAACGGGACGCCGAGGUUGAAGAAGCCGGAGCGGUUGAGUAAGGAGUUGAAGGCGUUCUUGAGUGUGUGUCUGUGUGUGGAUGUGAAGAGCCGUGCUACGGCGGAGGAGUUGGGAAGGCAUGAGUUUUUGAGGGGCGGGUGUUCGUUGGCGAGUUUGAGUGAGUUGUUGAGGUUUAGGAAGAGUGGGGGCCAUUGA